CGUUUGACGUAAUGUCUGUAUUACUGCAGCACAUUACUGAUCGAAGAAAGGCAACAGCGUUGUUUUGCGGUCUCAGGCUACAGUGCACUAGAAAUUCAAGUGUACUGCACUCAUGCAACACAUAAGCAAUGGUGCGACUUUGGCGCCACUAGCACGGCACCUUGCGAAGCUCUCACGGGACUGCCCUGUCCUUGCUCUUGCGUUGCAGGGGGAAAUGGUGGGCGAAAAAGAGCAGACCAAGCCUCGGAAGAAGUCUCGAAACAACUGCUGCGUAGUGGGCUGUUCAAACACGUACGAGAACUCGAGUGAGACGACGUUCUACUCCUUUCCCGGGCGGCCACACGAGCGAGAGCGUCGAGAACAGUGGAUCGCUGCUGUUCGCCGCCGAAAUGCCGAUGGAAGCCCCUGGAGGCCUACGAAGCACAGCCAUGUCUGCAGCGAUCAUUUCGUCAACGGCAGAAAAUCGAACCAUCCCAGGAAUCCAGCAUACCUGCCCACCAUAUUUCCCAGCGUCUACAGGUCAACCAAGAAAGUCACCGACAAGAGGUUACAGCCACGGUUGCAGCUGGGCGAGAGUGGACCUGUCCCGUUGACUUUCCGAUGCGAACUCAGCGCCACCAGCGGCGAAGUGGAGAUUCCGCGCAACAGUGUGGGAACGCAGACUGAUCCUAACGUGCGGGGUCCGGAGAUGGACGUGACAAUUUUCUUGUGCUGCAUGACGGGCAAUGACGCCGAAACACAAGCCAUCGUUCCCAGGAGGAAGGGCGAGGCGCUGGAGCCACGGGGAGCGGGCUUCGAAGUGAGGACGCUCCACGUGUUCCGAUGAAGACGGCCAGCGCGCGCAGGAGCAGGUGUCUUGCUGCUGCGGGACGACACCGUGCCUGGUCAGGAGUGAAAAGGCCCUCGGCUUCUGAAAUGGAUCGCUCGUCGUUUUCUGAACUUUCGUGAAGCGAAAGACGUCUUGUUGAAUCAUUUAUAUUGCAGUGACAAGCUGAUUUCGCCUUUGAAAUGAAUUAUUCCAGAACUUAAGUGGAUCUAAACCUGUCUACUCUUUGCCAACAGCCUUGUACCGCAGAACUGAGGGCCAGAUGGCACGUAGGCUUACCGGCGUGUGCCAACACGCGUCUGUGUACGGGAUGAUCCUCUCUAAUUUUUACGGAAUGUUUAACAAUCGCCUCUUGCAAUUGUAAUAUAAUUCUGAUGUCUACACAAUGACUUUCUUUAGGUGCACCAAAUUUUUAAGAAUUGUGUGUGGCAGGUGGCACAAUUCUAGCUAGAUCUAAAUUACUCGAUGAGGAGGCCAUUACUGCUACCAGAAAUUAAAACGCUUAAUUGAAUCAUUAGCAUAAUUUCGGUAAUUAACUUUCUAAUCUAAUUAGCGUUUAUUAAUCUACGAAUUGCAGCUAGUGAGUUGGCGAGGCGUAGCCAUUUGGAACGAAUUCUCGGGACUGCACCAGUUUUGAUAUAUUAAUUUUCAAUGUGUCCGGCGAAAUGCAAUGGUGUUCCCGUUACUUUCGUGCUUCAAUGCAUAAAAGUGCGUUUUCUUAAAAAAAAAAGAAUGUAACUGGAACGCGAAUGUAUUUCGUCGAACACAUCGAAAAUUAAUUUCUGGAAACUGCUGCAGUCCUGAGAAUUCGUUGCGGGUGGAUACUCCUUGCGAACUCACCGGCUAUAAUUCGUAGAUUGAAAUAUUCGCCGUAAAAUAAGCAAUUAAAAGUCAAGUAAUGUAAGUCUGUUAAUUAUUCCAUUAAACAUUUUGAUCUUUCCUAGAACUAAUGGCCGCCUCAUCGAGUAAUUUAUAUCAUGGGUUCAAUGUAACAGUGUUAUCUGCCACAGGUAACUUUAAGAAAAAUUUGGGCAAGAAAAAAAGACACCCUAUACUGAAGCGAGUUGGUAAAGCGACACCUUAAGGGGGGAUGCGGGGCCGAAAAUUGACUUCUGAACCGUUGCGCUGAUAUUUAUAUAAUUCUCUAAGUUUAGGUAUCUUCUUGUUUUAAAUAUAUGUUCUAAUUUUCAAUAAUGCAGAUCAAACAGAAAAGAAGUUGUGGCCGUCGUGCGGACCAAUUAGGCAUGGCGGCUUAGAAAAACUAUCGUUUCACAAAUAAUGAAGGCACACCGAUUGUU